AUAAACAAUUAUUAAAUAGGUAUCAUUGUGAUGUUUAUGAAAGAUCAAAAUUAGUGUUUAAGUGUGGUGCAGUAGUAUAUUCCUUGUGAAAUAGAUAUUUGGUGAUAUUAGUGAUAAUGAAUACGCGAGUGUUGUCAGUUUUGAUGUGGAAACAUGCGAUGGUUAGAAAACGGAGGUUUAUCCAGACAGCUGUGGAAUUCGCAUCACCUAUCAUGUUCUUCUUGUUAUUGUUUGCUUUCAAAAACCAUAUAACACGAAAACCAGCCGCAGAUCAUAGAAAUCCAGUUGCCAACACAGAAGUAAUACCUAUAACAGAUUUCCCGGUUCCACAUUGGAUCUUAUACUAUCCCGACACGCCACUCACUGAGACACUCAUGAAUGAAGUGGGCCUCAAACUUAAUCUGAAGAAGCUUGACAAUUUUCCGGAUUACACCGUAAGAGGGUACUUUCCUUGUACAAAUGAAAGUCUCAUCGAUGAAUUUGCAUCUAAAAUGAGGUUACGAGAGGCCAUCGUCAUUUUUGAGAAAAUGUCCGAUGAGACAUGGCCGGAUAGGCUGAACUAUACGAUACGUAUGAAGGACCACUUCGGGAUCGACUCUUACGAGAGCCUAGACGACACUCCUGGGCCACACAAAAUGUUUGGUCGAAAAUACGAGACGUUCAUGCGUAUCCAGUGGGCCAUCGACAUGAGCUACAUCAAACUCCUGACUAGCACUGAAGUCCCUCAGGCACUUUCGGUGCAAGAGUUCCCGUACUAUCGCGUUGAGAACAAUGAGAGCAUAAGUAUCAUCUGCCUCCUUCUGAUGACGGUUUGCUGGAUCUCCAUGAUGCUGCCCUUCGUAUUCCUCAUGGGUCGACUCCUGCACGAACGCGCCACCGGCAUACAGGAACUGAUAAAAAUGGUGGGAGUUUCCCAAAACCUUCUAGGGAUUUCGCAUUUCCUAAACGUCUUGCUGAGCGGGCUUGUUUUCUCGAUCGGUGGUGCCAUACUCCUCAAGUCGACCUCCAACCCUCUGAUCAACAACUCUAACGGGUUCCUCAUAUUCCUGAUGCUCCUUCUCUAUUUCAACACAGUCAUGUCCAUGGCUUUCGCCUGCAGCUAUAUUUCGAAAGGAACUCAGUACGUGGCGACCCUGUCAGUGCUAGCGUACGUCGUGUUGUGGAUCCCGGCGCGCGUCAAGUCCGACUACGACCUCCCUUACAUGCUGACGCUGGCCUCCGGACUCCUCCCACACGUGCCCAUGCAUUGGUUCUGGAAGGAAGUCGCCGUCCUCGAGAUGUAUGGCAGUGGAGUAUACUUCAGCAAUAUGCUGUCAGCGAAGGCAAACUACAAUGGCUCAGUGUUUCUGAGCUUCGUGUUCAUGUUGCUCCAAGCCGCCAUCUUUUACUGCCUGACCUGGUACCUCUCCCUCGUGAGACCAGGCCAGUACGGACAGGCACUGCCCUGGAACUUCUUCUGCAAGACUCAAUAUUGGAGUAAGAACGAGGUCAUCCCGGACACGGAGUCUGAAGAAGAGAACCCUAUGGCACAGGACCCAAGGUUCUUCGAGCCACCACCUGCAAGCGCAGAAGUUGGAAUCAAAAUAGUCAACGUUUCUAAGGUCUACCCAAAACAGCGAGUGUUGCGCAACAUCAACCUGGAGGUGUACAAGGGAGAGAUCACAGUGCUGUUGGGGCAUAAUGGCGCCGGCAAGACCACGCUCAUGUCUAUCAUAACCGGUAUGACGAGCGCUACGGAGGGCAACGUGUACGUGAACGGCAAGGACACGGUGCGGCAACGUGACGAAGUCCGACAGAACCUCGGCCUCUGCCCACAACACAACCUCUUCUUCCCCGACCUCAGUCUACGCGAGCACAUCAUGUUCUUCACGUUGUUGAAGCGCGGUACAUACGCGGAAGCGCGGUCGUCGUCCCGUGCGCUGGCGGCGCGGCUGGGGCUGGAGGACAAGCUGGGCGCGUCCUGCCAGCUCCUGUCCGGCGGCAUGAAGCGCCGCGCCCAGCUCGCCUGCGCGCUGGCCGGCGGCGCCGACGUCCUCAUACUCGACGAGCCCACCUCCGGCCUCGACGUCGAGACCCGCCGCGAGCUCUGGGACCUACUACUGUCCCUCCGCGGAGAGCGCACGGUGUUGCUGACGACGCACUUCAUGGAGGAGGCGGACGCGCUGGGGGACCGCGUCGCCGCCCUCCAUGCGGGGGUACUGCGCUGCCACGCCACCCCCAUGCAUCUCAAGCGGGCCGUCGGUACCGGCUACCGCCUAUCGUUCACGACGAUUGGAACGCCCAAAGAGGACGCGAUCACGAACGUUGUGACGUCACACGUGCCCGAUGCGACUCUCAAAGAAAAGACGAUUAACUCCCUCUCCUACAACCUGCCGGCUGCUAGUGCUAAGAAGUUCCCGACGUUGUUCGCGGCUUUAGAAGCGAAACGAUCAGAACUGGGCAUCGAUUCCAUCGGCGUAGGCGUCUCUACUCUUGAAGAGGUGUUUUUGAAGUUGUGCAGUGAUGUGGACAACACGAUGUCUGAAGAUGAAGUGGAUGGCAAUAGUGGGCCUGAUAUCUCUCAGGAGCGGCUGACUGGCGUGCCCCUGUACUUGCGGCAGAUCAAGGUCUUGUUGAUACGACAAGUCAAGUAUGCUAUAUACAAGAAGUGGUCUUUUCUUGCCCUGCAACUAGUGUUUCCGAUAAUAACGAUAAUAGCGAUGACGCAUUUUACGAAUAACGCGGAGUUGCAACGGAACCCGGACGGUGCGCUCCGAAUGAGCCUGGACCUGUACGGAGACAGGCCCGACCACCGCGUGCUACUGAGCCUGCGGUCUAAUGACUUCGACACUAAGGCCUUCACCGAACAUUUCCCACGACUCAAAUUCGAAGAUACCAAUGACGUUGCCGAUGCGGUGCUUCGAACCGGUGAGAAAGACGUCUUAGAAUACAACAAGUACAUCGUCGGAGUCGAAAUGAAUGACACAGAUGCCAAGAUCCUGUACACGACGACGGUCCGCCACGCGGCGCCGGUGGCGCUGAACGUGCUGAGCAACGUGUUGGCGGCGCGCGGGCUGCCGUGGGCCGACGGCCGCACCAUCACCACCGUCAACCGGCCCGUGCCGCCCGACGCCGCCGCACCCACGCAGGAAGGAAUGCCCAAGAACCUCAUCACGCUCGUCACAUGGGGCAUGUGUGUCACCUUCAUAAUCCUGGCGACGAACGUGAACAGCGUGUCGCUGUCGUGCAAGGAGCGCGAGUCGGGCGCGCGGCACCUGCACGUGAUGUCGGGCUGCCCCGCCGAGCUGCACUGGGCCGCCACGCUGGCCGCGCACGCCGCGCUGGCCGCGCUGUCGCUCGUGCUGCCCGUCUGCCUCGCCGCGCUCCUCCUCGACCAGGACCGCACCAUCGACCAGCCCGACCUACUCGGUACUCUGGCCUUGAUCCUGAUGCUCGGCAGCCUCGCAUUCUUCGCGUUCAUGUACCUCGUCAGCUUCAACUUCGGCGAGAAGUCCAGCAGUCUUAUACUGGUCAUCUGCAUCAUUAUAUUCGGCUUACUGACUCCCUUCAUGGCGGUAGCGCAGAAGAUGUUCUCGAACUCCCCGAGCGGGCUGAUGCACAUGGCGCUGGUGACGUGUGGGUACGUGAUGCCCCCCCACACCUUAGUGACGGCGGUACUGCAGGCCCUCAACGUGGGACAGAUCAACGCCAUGUGCCACUGGAUGCGCUCCAAGCAAGUCUGCCCCGGCGCUUACGCCAACGAAAACGGACUCGAUGUUGAAAAGUGCUGCGCCGGUGAGAACCCGCGUUGCUACUUCUGCAUCGACGAUUUCUCUCCAGGACAGAACAUGAUCGUACUCUUCCUACAGUUCACAGUCUUAAUGGCGAUGGUGUUUCUCACGGAGCGUGGUUUCUUCAAUGGCUUAGUAAACAAACUAGCUAACCUCCGCUACCAGCCGACCUCGGACCCCCAAGCGGACGAAAUGGUGCGCGCUGAGAAAGCGUACGUCAGCCGAGCCAUCAAAUUACCGUCGAAACAGAUCCCGGAUGCGAUGUUAGUAGAUGAUAUCCACAAGAACUACGUGUCGAUUCUGAAGAAAAGUGUCAACGCUGUCAAGGGAGUCAGCUUCAGCGUCAAAAAAGGUGAAUGCUUCGGUCUGCUGGGUGUGAAUGGCGCGGGCAAGUCCAGCACGUUCAAGAUGCUCACUGCAGAGGAAAGUGCUACAAGGGGGGAGAUCUUCGGCAACGGCUACCGACUUACGCGGGGGAAUCCACAUUACUUGCAGACGUUGGGCUACUGCCCCCAGUUCUUCGGGCUGGACAUGUUCCAGACAGGCCGCGACAACUUGAGGCUAGUGCUCACGCUGCGCGGGUACGACGACAAACAUGUCAAGGAAGAAGUCGACAACUGGAUACAUAUUGUUGGUCUGGAGAAGUACGCGAACCGCGCGGUGGAAGAGUACAGCGGGGGCUGCGUCCGUCGACUGGGCGCGGCGUCGGCGCUGUGCGGGGGCGCGGCGCUGUGCCUGCUGGACGAGCCCAGCGCCGGCGUCGACGUGGCCGCGCGACGCAGGCUCUGGGCCGCGCUGCGGACCGCGCUGCGUCGGGGGCGCUCCGUCAUCAUCACCUCGCACAGUAUGGACGAGAUGGAGGCGCUAUGCUCCCGCAUCGCGAUCCUGUCGGCGGGGCGCGUCCGCGCGCUGGGCACGGCGGCCGCGCUGCGCGCUGCGCAUGCGCACGGACACGCCGUCGUAUUCAAGGUCAACAACACGCACUCCACCGACGAAGUGGACAGCGGUAAGCAAGAGGUGGAUCGGCUGAAGGGCAAACUUCAGGAAAUCUUCAACUGUACGCUGAAAGACGAACAUAAGACGAUGUUACAUUACCACAUAAACGAUACGAUGCGGUACAGCGAACUCUUCACAGAGCUGGAAGCCCUAAAGGCAGAGUUUCCAAACCUGAUUGAGGAUUACUCCGUCACAGAGACUACCCUGGAAGAAGUGUUUCUCUCCUUCGCUAAGGAACAACAGGCGAUAAACGAGUCCGUCUGAAGGUCUAACGGCUUAUAGAAUUUAGGACAAAGGUGCUUUAAAAAGUCCAACAGGGUCACACUCAAUAUUAAACCCUUAGAUUUUGCUCUCAAAGUUCAUAAUGACUUUUUCCCGAAAAAGUUUUUUGUAUGAUUUUUAUACUAUAGAUCAUUCUUUGAUAACUCAACUAACACCACAUUUUUCUUGUAAAUCUACAGUUAGGUACAAAAUGGAAACGUUCAGUGAAAUGGUGAUUUUUACAGUAUUAUAAUGUCACAGGAAACCACACUCCAUAAGAACACUUGAGCCAAUCACAUUACUUGUUUACUUUAGAAAAAGAGGAAUGACCAAUAGCGUAACACUAGCUAAUUCCUUAUUGGUAGAAAAUAACCGAUACUGUAUAAUAGCGCCAUCUAGCGAUCGGAAAAAACUGUAGCCUCACUAAAGCGUACCUAUAACAAAUAAAGUAAAGUAAUAUAAUAUUUAUUUUUUCCGAAGACAAUUAACAAACAAUGUUCAAAGACUUUAGAAACUCCAUUUUUCAUUAAUAAUUAAACUUCUACAUUCCCCAUUAUAAGUGUCUAGUCAUAAAAUAGUAUUCUUCUAUGCUAGUAUCAACUAAACGGUGUGACAACUUUUACAAUGAACAAUAAUAGGUAAUGAAAUACUUUAUUUUUCAACAAUGAGUCUUAAUUAUUUUUCUGGAGUCAGACAAGUCUUAAGUGUGGGAGAGCCAUGCUCCGGCACGAAUGGGCCGUUGUUGAAUUAUCUGUAUGGUUGAGCCCAAUAUCCUAUAUAUACCUGCUAACAAUUACAAAUAAUGUACAAAAGCUCUCUAAUUAAUAAGCUCGAGAUAAAUCGGCUUGGUUCCUGUGCUCGUCUAGUUUCGAGUCACUCCAGGGCUCAUAAAUAGCCGUAAAUAGUUAUCACAAGAUAGUUACUACAACAAAGGAAUUUGAAAUACAUUUACACCGAAAUAUAGCAAUUUGUUUCUAACUUGAAGCUUAUUUCGUUUAGUAAAAGAUCUGAUAAAUACUUCGAUCUUUUAUUAAAAAUAAGUAAAUCGGGUUUUGUUAUUCACGCGACCUCCCUUCAUACUAUCUCUGAGGUUCGGGUAUUAGUAAUAAUUCGUCAAUUAACAUGUGUCGCGGGUAAGUGUCGUGAUCUAUCGUUGCAAAAAUCUCACUGGUGAUCGUUUAGCCGUUUUUGAGUGAUUGCUUUGACAAAAACACAAAUAUUUAUUAUGUAGGUAUUGAUGAGUGAGAACCAAAGUGCGCUGAUUAUGUAUGUUUGUAAAUGUCCAAUUGUCAAUAAAUCUUUUUUAUUCAUUAAACCCUAAGAGAACGCCGUGCGCGCAUUAAUUAGUUACCAUUGAAAGGUUAAGAUAUAGUCAGAGGUAUUA